AUGCUGUCGCUCUCUUGGGCGCCUUCCACCAGGGCUGUCGCUCUCUUGGGCACCUUCCACCAGGGCUGUCGCUCUCUUGGGCGCAUUCCACCAGGGCUGUCGCUCUCUUGGGCGCAUUCCACCAGGGCUGUCGCUCUCUUGGGCGCCUUCCACCAGGGCUGUCGCUCUUUCAGUCCCUCCACUAUGUAUAUCCUCUCAGUAUAUGUUCUAGGUAUGUCAUGCGUUGUUUUCCCUUUGUCUCUCUUUCCCUUUGUCUCUCUUUCCCUUUGUCUCUCUUUCCCUUUGUCUCUCUUUCCCUUUGUCUCUCUUUUUUCUUUGUCUCUCUUUCCCUUUGUCUCUCUUUCCUUUGUCUCUUUUCCUUUGUCUCUCCCUUUGUCUCUCUUUCCUUUGUCUCUCUUUCCCUUUGUCUCUCUUUCCCUUUGUCUCUCUUUCCCUUUGUCUCUCUUUCCCUUUGUCUCUCUUUCCCUUUGUCUCUCUUUCCCUUUGUCUCUCUUUCCCUUUGUCUCUCUUUCCCUUUGUCUCUCUUUCCCUUUGUCUCUCUUUCCCUCUAUUCGACCCCAGAAAGCGGUCGAUUUCACUCUCACUGCCCCCCUCUCUCUUUCUCUCUGGUCGACCGCUUGUCAACUCACUUCAUCCAGCUUCAAAUCCAAUCGACUUCGGCUCAAAGGGCGUCUCUUGCUGUUUUUCUCUCUGUCAUUGUUUUUCUCUCUGCUUUUUCUUUCUCUCUGCGUUUUUUUCUUUCUCUCUCGUUUUUUCUUUCUCUCUCGUUUUUUUUUCUGUCUCUCUCUCUCGUUUUUGUCUCUCUUCUCUCUCUUUUUUGUCUGUUUCUCUCUCGUUUUUUCUGUCUGUCUCUCUCUCUCGUUUUUUCUGUCUGUCUCUCUCUCUCGUUUUUUCUGUCUGUCUCUCUCUCUCGUUUUUUUUCUGUCUGUCUCUCUCUCUCGUUUUUUUUCUGUCUGUCUCUCUCUCUCUCUCGUUUUUUUUGUCUGUCUGUCUCUCUCUCUCGUUUUUUUUCUUCUGUCUCUCUCUCUCUCUUUUUUGUCUUUUUUCUCUCUCUUUUUUUCGUUUUUUCUCUCUCUUUUUUUCUUCUCUCUCUCGUUUUUCUGUCUGUUCUCUCUCUCUCUUUUUUUUUUUCUGUCUGUCUCUCUCUGUCUGUCUCUCUCUUUUUUUUUUCUGUCUGUCUCUCUCUCUCUCGUUUUUUUGUCUGUCUCUCUCUCUCUCUCUUUUUUUUUGUCUGUCUCUCUCUCUCUCUUUUUUUUUCUGUCUGUCUCUCUCUCUCUCUUUUUUUUUCUGUCUGUCUCUCUCUCUCUCUCUCUGUCUCUCUUUUUUUUCUUUUCUCUCUCUCUCUCUCUCUCUCGUUUUUUCUGUCUGUCUCUCUCUCUCUCUCGUUUUUUCUGUCUGUCUCUCUCUCUCUCUCGUUUUUUCUGUCUGUCUCUCUCUCUCUCUCGUUUUUUCUGUCUGUCUCUCUCUCUCUCUCUCGUUUUUUUUCUUGUCUGUCUGUCUCUCUUUUUUCUGUCUGUCUCUCUUUUUUUUUCUGUCUGUCUCUCUCUCUCUCUUUUUUCUCUCGUUUUUCUGUCUGUCUCUCUCUCGUUUUUUUUUUUGUCUGUCUGUCUCUCUCAUUUUUUUGUCUUCUUUUUUUCUGUCUGUCUCUCUCUCUCUUUUUUUCUGUCUCUCUCUCGUUUUUUCUGUCUGUCUCUCUCUCUCGUUUUUUCUGUCUGUCUCUCUCUCGUUUUUUCUGUCUGUCUCUCUCUCGUUUUUUCUGUCUGUCUCUCUCUCGUUUUUUCUGUCUGUCUCUCUUUUUCUCUUUUUUUUGUCUGUCUCUCUCUCUCUCUCUUUUUUUUUUUCUGUCUGUCUCUCUCUCUUUUUUUUUUCUGUCUGUCUCUCUCUCUUUUUUUUUUCUGUCUGUCUCUCUCUCUCUCUCUUUUUUUUUUUUUCUGUCUGUCUCUCUCUCUCUUUUUUUUUUUCUUCUGUCUGUCUCUCUCUCUCUUUUUUUUUUUCUGUCUGUCUCUCUCUCUCUCUUUUUUUUUUUUCCUGUCUGUCUCUCUCUGUCUCUGUCUCUCUCUUUUUUUCCUCUGUCUGUCUGUCUCUCUCUUUUUUUUUUUCUGUCUGUCUGUCUCUCUCUUUUUUCUCUGUCUGUCUUCUCUCUUUUUUUUCUGUCUGUCUCUCUCUUUUUUUUUCCCUGUCUGUCUCUCUUUCUCGUUUUUUGUCUGUCUGUCUCUCUUUCUUUUCUCUGUCUGUCUUUUUUUUUCCUGUCUGUCUCUCUCUCUUUUUUUUGUCUCUGUCUGUCUCUCUCGUUCUUCUUUCUCUCUUUUUUUUCUGUCUGUCUGUCUCUCUCCGUUUUUCUGUCUGUCUGUCUCUCUCUCUCUCUUUUCUGUCUGUCUGUCUUUCUCUUUUUUUUUUGUCUGUCUGUCUCUCUCUUUUUUUUUUCUGUCUGUCUGUCUCUUUUUCUGUUUUUUUCCUUUUUCUUCCUCUCUGUCUGUCUGUCUCUCUCUCGCGCUUUCCCUGUCUGUCUGUCUCUCUGUCUUUUUUUUCUCCGUGUCUGUCUCUGUCUGUCUGUCUGCGCCUUUUUUUUCCUGUCUGUCUUCUCUUUUUUUUUUCCUGUCUGUCUGUCUCUCUCUCUUUUUUUCCCUGUCUGUCUGUCUCUCUCUUUUUUUUUCCCUCCUGUCUGUCUGUCUGUCUCUCUCUCUUUUUUUUUUUCCCUGUCUGUCUCUCUGUUUUUUUUUUUCCUGUCUGUCUCUGUCUCUCUUUUUUUUUCCCUGUCUGUCUCUCUCUCUCGUUUUUUUUUGUCUGUCUCCUGUCUGUCUGUCUCUCUGUCUUUUCUCCGUCUGUCUGUCUGUCUUUUUUUUCCUGUCUGUCUGUCUCUCUUUUUUUUUUUCCUGUCUGUCUCUCUCUCUCUCCCGUCUCUCUGUUUUCCUUUUCUGUCUGUCUGUCUCUCUCGUUUUUUGUCUCUGUCUGUCUCUCUCUCUCUCUUUUUUUUUCUGUCUGUCUGUCUCUCUCGUUUUUUUUUCCUGUCUGUCUGUCUCUCUCUCUUUUUUUUUCCUGUCUGUCUGUCUCUCUCUUUUUUCCCGUUUUUUUCCUUUUCUGUCUGUCUGUCUGUCUCUCUUUUUUUUUUUCCUGUCUGUCUGUCUCUCUUUUUUUUCCUGUCUGUCUGUCUCUCUCUUUUUUUCCUGUCUUUUUCCUGUCUGUCUGUCUCUCUCUCUUUUUUUUUCCUGUCUGUCUGUCUCUCUCUUUUUUUUCCCGUCUGUCUGUCUCUCUCUUUUUUUUCCCGUCUGUCUGUCUCUCUCUUUUUUUUCCCGUCUGUCUGUCUCUCUCUUUUUUUUCCCGUCUGUCUGUCUCUCUCUUUUUUUUCCCGUCUGUCUGUCUCUUUUUUUUCCGUCUGUCUGUCUGUUUUUUUUUUGUCUGUCUGUCUCUCUCUCGUUUUUUUUUUUCCUGUCUGUCUGUCUCUCUCUUUUUUUCCUGUCUGUCUCUCUUUUUUUUCCUCUCUGUUUUUUUCCUGUCUGUCUGUCUCUCUCUCGUUUUUUUCCUGUCUGUCUGUCUCUCUCUCGUUUUUUUCCUGUCUGUCUGUCUCUCUCUCGUUUUUUUCCUGUCUGUCUGUCUCUCUCUCGUUUUUUUCCUGUCUGUCUGUCUCUCUUUUUUUUCUCUCGCUUGUUAAUGAUUUAUCGAAAAAAACUUUAUUUUGUCGGUCGCGAUGCUAAACUUGUACACCCCAUUCCAAAUAUGACGCCCCCCCCUGUAAAUACUGUGUCAUUUAAUUCCCAGACGAUCACAGCUGAACAUGUCAUUUAG